GAAGCGCAAACGGAGCAAACAGACCUGUUGGAUUUACCAGUGCAAAAAGUGAGUGAGGAACGGAAUGUACCAAUAAGUUUGUCAAUACAAGGAGUAGUAAAUGGAGAAGUAGGAAUAAAGGAAGAAAUAUUAGUCGACGAAGUGUCUAAAAGAUAUGCAGAAUUAACGAAUUCAAAAAGGAAGAAAGCACCUUUGUGA